AUUUUCCUCCCUACACAUCCGAGGGAAUUCAUUUUAAUUCCAAAUAUUUCUAUGUAAACAAAAAAAUGCAAAAUAUGCAUGAAAUGCAUGAAUGUUGCAGAAAAAUUAAGUUCACUGGGGAAUUUUAUUUUUUUUAGUAAAUUUUUUACAAAAAUAACGUGUAAGGGGUUGAAUUUAUUUUUUUCCUUGUAAAAUUAUAUUGUAAUUUUCUUCCUGAGAGAGAUAAAUUAUUCUGCAUUACUGGAUAAAUUUGCAAAAAUGUCAAAAAUAAAGUGUUACCGAUCUGGUCCAAUUACACCAAAUCCCUUCUUUAAUUUCCUCCGUACAUUUCGACCGCAACAUUGUGGUAAGACAAUCAUCGAAAUUGCCAGAGAGGGAGCAAAAUUGUGGUCAUCAAUGACACCAUUGGAGAAGGAGCAAUACUACGUACAGGCAAGAACUGCACGACCCUACAGAAAAAGGAGUCAAAACUCCUACUAUUACGAUGAUGAUGAUGAUGAUUACGAAACUAUGUUUAGGCCUGAAACUGCAGGACAAAAUUUCAGUAAUUCAACAACUAUUGGACAAAUCUGCGAUAGUCACUGCCGACUACAGAAUAUGGACAAAUGCUUUAAUUGGAACAUCCUCGCCACAUUUCUCUUUGCCAUCUCUGUCAUUGUCUUCAUAUUCGAAAUUAUGAAUCAAUGAAUCACAGGGCAAUUAACAUGGGGAUAGGUCGUAUAAGGAACAAAAAAAACAACAUUAGUGGCAAUAAAUCAUGCAGAAGUGAAAUAAACUUGUCACAUUUUGUGCUUUCUAAAUGUGAAUUCAGCACAUUUACUGUAUUUUCUUGAAUAUAAUAGAGAAAUUAUGUAAUUAGUGUUCACCACACUAGCUCAUUAGGGUUUCCCCCCUUGCGUACCACCUCCCCCACAACUGGAAAAUCCACACAACAUGUCAUUCAAUGGAGGACAAGAAA